AUGGCUGCGCUGCUCGUCACGCGAUCCAUGCUGGGCAUGGUGAGUGACGGCAGGGGGGUGAGAGGCAGAGGGGGAGAGAGGGGGAAAGCGAGAUGGAAGAUCCGAGAGGUGAGAAGGGGAAACGAGCAGGAGGGUGCAGCGAUUGCAAGCAUGGCUGCGCCGCGCCGCUUGUCACGAGGUCCAUGCUGGGCAUGCUCUUCACGUCUCCCACCAUCAGGUGGUGUACACGUUGUUGGUACGUUGGGCGGCAACGGUUGGAGGGAGUUGGCUAUGGAGUCGACUCAAACGUCAUCUCUCCCAUCCCCCUACUCCCCACACCUGCCACCAUCAGGUGGUGUACACGCUGUUGGCACGCUGGGUGGUGUAUACGCUGUUGGCACGCGGGGCAGCAACGGUGGGAGUGGUGGCCAUGGCUUCUCACCAGGUCGCCAUGCAGGUGCAGUGCGGCUGGGUGUGAUGGGUGGUCUAGGAGGGUGGUGGACCAUGUGGGACACCUCAAGUGGACAGGCAGCAGGCACGUUCUCUGCAUUGCCGUUCUAUCCAUGCAAUGCUAGCACGCGUGCACCUGCUGCCGCGGGGUCGGCUCGCUCGCGGGUGUUCUGGACGCUCAGCUACUUGGCAGAACCGCUCUCCCUUGCAGCACAGUCCCUAGUGGGCCGAGACAUCAAGAGCAGACCACAGCGUGCAUCGCGCACGGCACGUCAGCUCCUGCUGAUGGCAGCAGUCACAGGAGCCGUGCUCGCACUGCUGGUGCUCACUCUCUCCCUCUGCGCCUCACACCUGCUCUCCUCCGAUCCGGGAGUGCGCCGCGCUGUCAGGAGCGUGGCAUGGCACAGUGCUGCAUGCGAGUGCCUUUGUGCUGUCUCUAUGUCUCUAGAAGGGAUUGCGAUUGGGGCAGGUGCGGCGAGGGUGGUCGAGUGGGAAGGGAGGGUGCGGUUAGGAGGGGGCAAGCAAUGUGGGUUAGGAGGGUGCAAGCAAAAGAGAGGGCAUGAGUGCCUUGCUGCUGUCUCCAUGUCGCUGGAGGGGAUUGCCAUCGGGGCAGGACCGGGAGCGCGAAAUCUGACGCGGAAUACUCGAGCGUUUCUGCUCCCCUGCUGCUACGACAUCAAUCGUCUCAUUCAAGGACCCAUCAUCAGGCCGAUUCAAGAUUCAGACUUCCUCCUCUCGAGCUGUUGCCGAGAGGAGAUACAAGCGGAGGAGGUGGCUCGUCUACUAGACCCGCGGCGGCUGACGCUGCUGAUAGCGGGCAUGGUGACACUGGUGGCCAGCAACCUGUGUGUGAACCUCAUAGGGCGCCACACGCGCGAGUGGACCAAGCCGCGAGAGCAGCGCGCCGUCAUGGUGCUUGUUGGGCUGGCGCCUGUUGUUGCUCUCGACUCCUACUUUGGACUGGCGGAGAUGCCAGGGUAUGAGUGGCAGGUGGCGCUGCUACAUCUCCUCAAGGACUGCUACGUUGCAUAUGGCAUGUCGGAGUUCCUUGCUCUGCUCUCAGCUUUGCUCAAAGUGCCUCCCCGGCCCUCCGCCCCUCUCCCUCACACGUCCUCUCACCGCCGCAUGCUGCAGCACUCCUUCCCCUUCUCUCUUUUCCUGCGGCCCGAGCCCUCUCAUGGCUCAUCACUCUCUCCCACCAUGGAUCACUCUAUCUCGCUGCUUACGCCCUCCUCCUCCUCUACCAUACCUUUGAGCACCCAUUUUUGCCGUUCAGUGCCUUGA